AUGCAUUUUGGUUAUGCUCAAAGUAGCUCUGGUCUUAACUGUAAAGUAGCUCAAAAUAUUUGUCCGAAUCACGAUAUUAAAUUUUAUUUAUACACAAGGAAUUAUCCAACAGAUGGCAUCGAAUUAAAUGUUGCAAAUUGUAAUGAACUAAAGCGGCAAUUGCAAGAAUGUAAAGAUAAAAUGUUUAAAUUUUUAGUACAUGGAGACGUAGGAUAUAGACAUGAUGAAUUUAAUACGGAAAUGAGAUCAGCACUUCUAAAAGCUGGUGAUUAUUGUAUUGUAUCGGUAGAUUGGUCACCACUAUCCCAAGUUAAUUGUUUCAACUUUAGCGCAAGAAACACCCAUGUGGUUGGUAAUUGUACCGCUUAUACAAUAGAUCAAAUAGUUCAAUGUGCAAAGAUACCACUGAAUAAAACAGCUAAUCUUAUUGGAUAUAGUUCCGGAGCACAAGCAACUGCAUUUGUUCAACAAAAUUUAAAAACAGGAGAAGAAGUAGAAAGUAUAGUUGCAUUAGACCCAAGCCUUUUUCCUCUUGAACUUUUCGGUACGUCAGAUUUAUCUCAACAAUUAGAUCCAUCUGAUGCGAAAUGGGUUGAUGUUCAUCAUACAGCGGCGGGAAACAGAAGCCAGAUAGAACCACGUGGACACAGUGAUUUUUAUUGGGACAAUGGCCAAGAGCAACCUGGAUGUGGUCUAAUUGAUCUAAAUAUUUUUUACCCUUACUUAUGCAGCCAUCUAAGCAUACUUGAAUAUUACCCUCGUAGCUUCAGCGGACGUUAUAGGGCACGAAAAUGUCAAUAUAAUGGUAAUUUACCACUGGUUAAUUGCAGUAGUAAAAAGUAUUUCCCAGCUGGUUGGCCAGUGCCUUUUGGUACGGCUGGAGUUUAUCAAGUAUCACUCGAUAGUCCAACUGAAUCCAAUUAA